AUGUAUAUUGCUGUAUUUGUCUGUUUUGCUUCCAAGGCUGUUCACCUGGAACUCGUUACAAAUUUGUCGACUGACUCUUUUCUUUUGGCCUUUAAAAGCUUCAUCGCAAGACGUGGCGUACCGCAUCGAGUACAUUCCGACAACGCGACGAACUUUGUGGGAGCCAGGAACGACCUGAGAAGUCUUCAGAGGGCCCUCGAGGAUCAGCAGUCGCAGUUUCAACUGUUCGUCGUGGAGAAGGGCGUCGAGUGGAGGUUCAUCCCACCACGAGCACCGCACUUCGGUGGUUUGUGGGAGGCGGACGUGAAGUCAGCGAAAGAAAUUCUCGUGCGUCAAGUCGCAGACGCGUCCCUAACCGAAGCCGAGGUCAGGGCUUAUCUGGCGGACACCGAGGCCGUGCUCAAUUCCCGGCCUCUAACUCCAACCAGCACCGAUCCCAACGAGGGGGAGGCGCUCACUCCAGGGCACCUGCUAGUCGGGCAGGCACUUUGUUCGCUGCCGCAAGGAUUAGAGCCAGACGCACCGACCAGAGGUUUGAGGUUCUCAAAGAGGUGGCAACUGCUAUCCACGCUCAGACAGCGGUUUUGGCAGGCGUGGUCCAAGGAAUAUGUCCACAGCCUUCAGCGCAAAACCAAGUGGCAAACUACAUCGCCCAAUCUGGAGGUCGGAGCCUUGGUAAUCAUCCACGAGGACAACACUCCACCCCAGCGUUGGAUUACCGGCAGGGUCGUCAGCGUGGUGGCAGGGGCCGAUGGAAAAAUUCGAGUGGCCGAAAUCAAGACCGCAACAGGCGUAUUUAAGCGUCCUAUCCAGAAGCUGGCUGCACUCCCAUUAUAUUGA